UGUCCUCUUCUCCCCAAAACCCACUUCGUCUCAGCGCCCAAAAUCAUCAGGGUUGAGAAGAGGGAAUGGAGACGAGGAGUGAAGAGGAAGGAAGCAGAGUAGAAUUGAUUGAUGCCUCUGAGAUAGAGUACGUGAGCUAUGGAGGCGAACAUCACCUACCCCUUGUCAUGCACCUGGUCGAUCAAGAACUCAGCGAACCCUACUCAAUUUUCACCUACAGAUACUUCGUCUACCUCUGGCCUCACCUCUCUUUCCUGGCUUUCCACAAGGGUAAAUGUGUAGGAACCGUAGUCUGUAAGAUGGGAGAGCAUCGGAAUACAUUCAGAGGUUACAUAGCGAUGUUGGUGGUGAUCAAGCCUUACAGAGGCAGAGGCAUUGCCACUGAACUUGUUACCAGAUCUAUUAAAGUGAUGAUGGAAUCAGGGUGCGAAGAGGUAACAUUGGAAGCAGAAGUUACAAAUAAAGGAGCACUUGCAUUAUAUGGGCGUCUUGGCUUUAUCAGGGCAAAACGGCUCUUUCGCUACUAUUUGAAUGGAGUUGAUGCUUUUCGGCUAAAGCUGCUAUUACCCCGCCCAGAGUUACACCCAUCCCUGCCUAUGAUGGCGGAUAGAGAUGAACCCCACACACAUGAUGAUCACAUACCACCUGAAGAAAGCUCUGAGCUCUAUAGAGGCUUGUAACUUGGUUUUCAGUUAUAAUGGCAUUUUUUCUUUCCCUCUUUUUAGCCGUAAGGUGGGAUUCAACCAUAUCUUUUGCAUGGUUUUGGCAUUAUAUGUAAUGUUUCAUUACUGAUAAAGUUGUUUGUUGUAUCCCUAGAUUCAUGAAAGCAGUCACAAUAACGUUCAUUUUUAAUACAAUUCCUCUUGUUUGAUCUUCUAUAGUUUUU